AUGUAUCAGUUUCUUCUCGCUGAGGGGGGUCUAGGUGGGCCAGUGCCUGAUGCUUGGCUUGCCAGCGGUGCCUUCCUUUCUGUGCUUACUGAGGACGGCGCUACAAGUGAUCUUGUGAUGGAAGCAGCCACUGGCAGACUUUACCACAGGCCAACAGGCCAUUUAGUAAAUCUCUCGGCAACUACAUCCGGGGUUGAACUCGGAGUGGCAGGUGACGGAACAGCCAGUGGGGAUGGUAGCACUACUGUGGCAACUAUAAGUGCUCGUGUUGGACAGACCAGCGUGGACGGAAUAGGUCACGAUGCCUAUAUUGCCAGCCCUGGUCAUCACAUUAAAGAGGACGAUUCGGCAUCGGCCGGUGAUUUGCACGUUCGUGCUACUGAGCAGGCUGGAGUUGCUGGACUUGCCGCAUACAAGCUAGAGUCAGUCGGUACACCAGUAGGUCAAGCUGUUGAAGAAGUUGGCGUCUGUCUACUUACCAACCCUGAUGGAGCCAAGUAUCAGGUUGAGCACAGCGGAGAGGGAAUUACUUUGGAAACUCUUCAGGCCAUUCUUCAGAUUGAUUCGUAA